UCCGCCGUCACGUGCGGGCCGCAGCGGCCGCGUAGUCAGGUGGGGACGGGCUGAGCCGGGUGCCAGCCAAGGCAGGAAGGGAGGUGGCUGUCGAGCCAUUCUUAAAGGGGCCCCGAGAGAUCCUGCGGCGACGGGCCGCCGACGGCCGGAAGGAAAAUGAGUGAGUCUUUGGUGGUUUGUGAUGUUGCUGAAGAUUUAGUGGAAAAGCUGAGAAAGUUUCGUUUUCGAAAAGAAACCCACAAUGCUGCCAUUAUAAUGAAGAUUGACAAGGACAAACGCCUGGUGGUACUGGAUGAGGAACUUGAGGGCAUCUCCCCAGAUGAACUUAAAGAUGAACUCCCUGAGCGGCAACCUCGAACCUUCAUUGUGUAUAGUUAUAAAUACCAACAUGAUGAUGGAAGAGUUUCCUACCCUCUGUGUUUUAUCUUCUCCAGUCCUGUUGGGUGCAAGCCUGAGCAGCAGAUGAUGUAUGCUGGGAGUAAGAACAAGCUAGUCCAGACAGCUGAGCUAACCAAGGUAUUUGAAAUAAGAAACACUGAAGACCUAACUGAAGAAUGGCUACGUGAGAAACUUGGAUUUUUCCACUAAUGUGAACUUCUGUGUUUCUAAAGUAUUUAUGUAUUAACCUGACCAUACUGGAACCAGACAUAAAUAGUUAAUUUAUGCCUAAAAAUGCACUGUUACUUACAGUCUGUUUCCUGCAGUAAAGAAACUUCAUUUGUGCAGUUUGAACAAAGGGAAAUCAUCUUCAUAGUAAUGGAACUUUGUGAAGUGUUUCCUUGUGUUUGUCAUUGUUAGCUGGACCACUUUUCUCCGGGGUGACUAAUUUCUGUAAUUUAUGAUUCGGAAUGACUGUUUGCAGACACUAUUGGAAGGUGGGUAUUAGACUGUGAUGGACUCAGGUCCUCCUUGGACCCCUCCUGGGUACUGGCAGUUUAGAAGUGCAGAGAGCACCUCAUCGCUUGGCACAUCAGCCAGGUUCAUGGGCUAAGGUGACUGACGCUGAGCCAGGAGUCGUGACUGCAGGCCUCUGCUGCACUCCCUAGUCCUCCUUCGCUCUUGGUCUCCUGUGGCUUUUUAAUCAAGUGUGGAAUCUACAUCAAUCACUCGUUCUUAAGGUCUGGGAGUUCGAUUUUAUGGUAGAGUUAUGAUUAUUAGGUUUUCUUCUUAUGGGAAGUAGAAUUAAUUCUAGUCUUAGAAACUGGUGAGUUAUAGAAUCAAGGGCUUCGUUCCUGGUUGUGUCACUAAUAGGGAGCUUAGAAUGUAGCUUGAUAACACUAUAAAGCAUCUCCUAAUGUCUUGUGAGCACUGUUUAAUAUGUUAAUACUGUGCCUUUGAUUUGUCAGCAUUAACAUUAGCUUAAGACUUCUACACUGCCAGUAUUCUAGAUUUGGUGAAAUUAAUACUUUUUUAAAGGGUUCAAGUAAAACAAUUUUCUAAUAUGUAUAACUGAAGUUUGUAAUAAAACCAACUUGUUAUUUUUAAAAUUCCAACUGUCUGCCCAAAGUCGUGAAUAUAUAUGGUAGGUGAGAGUUAUAAUUUGGGGUAUAUUUACUGUUAGUUUUGUGCCAUAUGUAAGCAUUAUUUAAAAGUUUGGUCAUAGUUAAUAACACAUCAAUAGAUGUCAUACCUUUUAUUCUAAAUGUCAGAAGAAAUUCUAAUAUGGACAAAGCCGGUCAUGUUAGAUGGUGACACCAUUGUUAGGAAGUGAGGCUUAUAAUGUACUUGCAGUUAUUAUGUUACACUUAAGAAAACAUGUAAGAAACUGCUGAGUCAUAAUUUGAUUUAAAGAGAAAAGUAGAGAGACUGUAGAGGCUGAGCAAAGUUUUAUAUUAAGAAAGUAAUUAUUUUGAGCUGAGCAGUGGUAGUGCACAUGCCUUCCAUUCUAGCACUUGGGAGGCGAAGGCAGGCUGAUCUCUGAGCUCGAGGCCAGCCUGGUCUACAGAGCAAGUUCCGGGACAGCCAGGAUUACACAGAGAAACCCUGUCCCAAAAAAACAAAACAAACAAACAAAAAAAUCAUUUCAAAACUAGCAAAAGCAUUUUUAUGUUGGCACGUGUUCAUUGCAAAGUAUUUGUCUUAUUUAGGGCUCUGUACCAGCUUUACUGGAGGAGAGUAGUUGAACUUUCACGGUGGAAUAGGGUGUGCUGUAUUCCUAGCUGUGUGUUCACGAACCUGUGUGUCAGGAAGCAGUACAAGUGCUAGAGGAGGUGUUUGCAUUGGCUCUGAAUGGAAAUAAAGUUGCUUUAUUUCGGUUUCUAGAGAGUGAGAAAACUUCACCCAAGAGGUUUAAGAGUUCACCAUAUAGGUAUUUUGUUACAGGCUAGAGAAUAGCUUGCUUAUAAUCCUACAGAAGGCAAAUGAGGUCCAAGUAGAGAGUAACUUUAAUGUUUUUUGAAUGAAGCAAAUAAGCUUUUGUCUCACCUGAUUGCGUGAGCACUCUGUUGAAAGUCAUGCUGCCAGAGUGUCCGUUUCUAAUGCAGUACUUCAUUUGGGCUUGCGGAUUUCACUUAGUGUCCGUUUUUAAUGCAGUACUUCAUUUGGGCUUGCGGAUUUCACUUAGUUUUGGAAAUUAGACCUGCCAAACACAGGACUCUUACCUCCAGAUCUCUAGCAGCAACACAGAGGGUGGUCAGCAGCUUCCUUUUUAAGCUUGUCUGACCCUUCCCAAGAAAUGUGCCUUCUGCAAGGCCGCAUAUUGGAUUGGGGCAUCAAUAGAACAUUUUUAUUCUGUCUGUCCUUAGGCAGGUUUGUAAGUCUUAUGCUCCAAAGUAGUUCUCAAAUAUUUAUAUAAGUUUCCCUUUACAUUCUUUUAAAGUAUUUUCAUUCUUUUUCUACCUUUCCAUAAAGAGUAUGUCCAGAUUUCAUAAUUCCAGCUUUUACACUCCAUGUCUUUCUGGAACAACCAUUCCCACUCAGCCUUAAAUCUUAAUCUUUCCUUUUUGGAAGCCACUCUUUCCAGGAACCUCUUUGUUUUGUAAGUCAGCUUUGGUUUGGAAUUUCUGAUCUUACCUAAGUUGUGCAUAGCAUCUAAUGUCAGAACCAACUAAGAAUCACAGUAUGUAUUUAGUAAGUUUUUGUGACACAGAAGUGACGUAUGAAGAAAGGUAUUCUCAGGUUACUGUGCUGAAAUUCCAAAAUGUCUGACUUUUGAACAGUAAUCACUUUGUUCUGAUAUUGAAACAAUUAUGUUAGGAAAAAAGCUGGUUGACUGUUUUGUUUAAUGGACUUCUGAACUCUGAAUUGUCUAUCUGGAUGCCUAGUGCAGUUAAACAUUCUCUUGUGUGAGGGCUGUUGUUAGAUUGUUUGUCAUUAGUAAAUAAUCUGUCGCAAAAUGCGUGUGAGCAUUUCCCUCCCUUUGUCCCCUAUUGUCAGGAGACAAGCUGAGCCAUAAACUAUACCCUGCUCUGACACUUUCACCAACCGCUUCCAGUUAGAGGACUUUAUUGCCAAAUUAAACUUGGCUCUCAUCCUGUCCAGAUAGAAACUGAGGAAGUGCACAAAAGACAUGUUCAGACACUUGUAAAACUUGUGUGACGGCAUCAUUCUGUAUAUGGACUAGUGAAUAGAUAUUUUCAUAAGGGUUGAAAUGCCAAUAUUUGGGAAGUAGAGAGUAGAGUCUAGUCUGUCAGUUCUAUCGAGUGUUAAUAUAGCUGUACUCCUUAUUUGUUUUGGAGACUGAUAAUACUGGAGUCCAUAAAGUUUGAACCUUUACAACUUAUGUGAAGAAAUGUUGCAAACAUUUCUGGAUGGAUCUUAUUUUGUAUUUCUGGAAGAAUGUAAAUACUCCUAGGCCUCUUCAUGCUGAUGGUUCCCAGGCAAAUGUUUCUUGUUAGGCCGUUUGACAUUUCAGAUCAGUGAUCAUAUUCCUGUGAUGUUUAAAACAAUUACAUUAAGCUUGUGGUAUUUUUUGCGUUUUAGAAUAUAAAUACUUGAAUAUUGUUUGAGCUCACUAACAUGCCAGGGCAAGUCCCACUGAUUUUGAUGGUCCAAUAUAAUCUCAUGCAGGAGGCUUGAAACAUUGGUGGCUUAGUCUCGUGGGUUGGACAGUUCUCUGUUGUUGUUCGAGAACACCAACAAUUGGCACCAUGUCUUCAGCUGUGCUUUCAGUCUGCUAGUUCAUGCCGCAUGUUUAUUUUGGAGUCCUUUGGUAAGCAUGGUGCUUGUACUGGUUUCAAUAAAAUGCUAACAUGAAAGGA